AUGAUGAUGAAGUAUCAACCGUUGCGGCUUUGCGCCGGCGUGGUUUUCCCUUUCCCCUGUUACGAUCACCGCUCAGCAGUCGACACGUUCGCUGCGCGGUUCACGGCAGAGAGCAGACGCUGGAGGUGUGGGGUCAGAGAGGUUUGGACCCACUUUGAUUGGAACUUCGGCAAGAGAAUACUGCUGAUGCCGCGAUGUCUGUGCAAGUAAUUAUUAGCUACAAAUCCGCGGAAGUACAGUUCCAGCACGUGUAGUUUAAUGCUGGAGUUGUUUUGACAUAUCCUCCUUUAGAAUACUCCCGAACGAUUGUGUCCUUCCGUAAUACCCUGUUCCCAUGCUUCGACAAACACUACACAGACCCCGCGCUUUCUUCCUUUGCCGUGGCGGUAUGUUUUCGCACGCGACCAUACCUUAAAUACACCAUUUUCACAAAUCCCCCCCCGUCCUGAUCCAAAAUUCCUGCUUGACCCUGAUUCUAAAUACUUUGACCACCAUGGUAGAUAAUUUCGAGUGUUUGGUCGCCUGUAAUUACUUGCAUGCGCAAGCUACCGCAUGUUGGAGAAAAUGCAAGGGAAAAUCGGUAUCAACCAAACAGAGAUUGCUGUAGCGCCUC